AUGGCAGGCAGUAACGAGAUCAACGCUAGUGAAUCUAAGAGGGUGGUUCCACUUAAUACAUGGAUACUUAUAUCCAAUUUCAAGCUGGCUUACAACAUGCUUCGUCGGUCUGAUGGCACGUUCAAUCGCUAUUUAGCUGAGUUCUUGGAAAGGAAAGUCCCUGCAAAUUCGAUUCCAGUUGAUGGUGUUUACUCGUUUGAUGUUGUUGAUCGUGCUACAAGCCUGCUUAACCGUGUCUAUAAACCUGCCCCGAAACAUGAGGCUGAUUGGGGUAAAAUUGAACUCGAUAAACCUUUGAGCACUACAGAAAUUGUUCCUGUCAUUAUUUUCUUCCAUGGUGGAAGUUUCACUCAUUCUUCAGCCAAUAGUGCUAUUUACGACACAUUUUGUCGGCGCCUUGUUAGCAUUUGCAAGGCUGUUGUUGUUUCUGUUAAUUAUCGACGAUCACCUGAGAAUCGGUAUCCUUGUGCAUAUGAUGAUGGAUGGGCUGCUCUUAAAUGGGUUCAAUCAAGGCAAUGGCUUCAAAGUGGGAAGGAUUUGAAAGUUCAUGUCUACAUGGCGGGUGAUAGUUCUGGUGGUAAUAUUGCUCACCAUGUUGCGGUGAAGGCUGCUGAAGCCGAUAUUGAGGUAUUGGGAAAUAUUCUUCUUCAUCCAAUGUUUGGUGGACAAAAGAGGACCGAAUCCGAGAGUAGAUUGGAUGGGAAAUACUUUGUAACAGUUCAAGAUAGGGAUUGGUACUGGAGGGCAUAUUUACCCGAAAGGGAAGAUAGGGACCAUCCAGCAUGUAACAUAUUUGGCCCGAGGGGUAGAAGUCUUGAAGGACUAAACUUUCCAAAGAGUUUAGUCGUCGUAGCUGGUUUGGAUCUUGUUCAAGAUUGGCAAUUGACUUAUGUUGAAGGGUUACGAAAAUCAGGGCACGAGGUGAAUCUACUAUAUCUAAAGCAGGCAACAAUAGGUUUCUAUUUCUUGCCUAAUAACGAUCAUUUUCGUUGCCUAAUGGAGGAGAUAAGAAGCUUUAUCCAUCCUAACCAUUCAUAG